AGUGUAGCCCCAGCAGUGCCACCUGUCAGUGCCCAUCAAUGCCACCUGCCAGUGCCCAUCAGUGCCUCCUAUCAGUGCCAGUCAGUGCCACCUAUCAGUGCUGCCAAUCAGUGCUGUCUAUCAGUGCCAGUCAGUGCCACCUAUCAGUGCUGUUCUAUCAGUGCCAGUCAGUGCCACCUAUCAGUGCCCAUCAGUGCCACCUAUCAGUGCCAUUAGUGCCGCCUCAUCAGUGCCCAUCAGUGCCACCUAUCAGUGCCCAUCAGUGC